UCCUAAUGUCAGCAGCAAAUUUAUAGUUUUCGCGAAAAAAAAUAAGUAAUUUACGUUUUUCAGUUCUAUUUUUCUUUUUUUUUUAGAAAACCUACUUCUAAAUACUACUUUUCUUAUUAUUAUUUGGUUUUUGUCGUUUAAAAUAAAUUGAUACAAUAUAUACUGGGUGUUCACAAACAAAUAAACAAAAAGUGUAUUAAAUACAAAAUACACAGAUAUAUAUAUUCGAUUAUCUUAUGCUUAGCAUAUAAGCAAUUGAAGCGGCUUAAGACGAAAUAUUACCAGACUCUUCGGAUGCCAACUAAUUGUUUGAGGAAUAUGUUACAGCUCAAUUAAAUUUUGUAAAUAAUUAGUUUGAUAUAUCGUCCAACCACCUGAUAGCAGCAAGUCACAUUAAAAUGGAACACUUUGACAACAGUAAUCCUCUGGUGAUCAAACAGGAAAAGUCUGACGACCCUAAUUAUACGUGUAAAACAAAUAAGGAACGAAAAGAAAGAAUGAAUGAAAAAUUAAAAAAAUCACAAACAACAAAACGCUGGAAACAAACAAAUGUGCUCAUACGCAUUACACAAGAUGAAUUCAAUGUUACCUUAUGGUCUGCUCUAAAUUCGGAAGAUGAAGAAGAUAAUGAGGAUAAUAUUGGGAAUGAGCUCGAUCAUGUCGCAAUGAAAAAUGAGUCAACAUCCUUAGAAUCUAAUGAAAUGUUGCGAUCGAGUGAAUUGGAAUUGGAGGAGCAACGUGUCAAUCAACUUUUAAUGGCCGAAUCUAGUAGUAAUUUACACAUGCAUGACGGUCUAUCACCGGCGGAAUAUGUUUUAGUUCCCGAUCCAUUUACGGGCGACAUUGUCGAAGAAGUGGAGACGGCUAACGAGAGUAUUAUUGAAAAUAUUGAAACUGAGGAGGCUUUUUUAAGCUCUACAUCAAAUGACUUUAGUUCAAAUCAAGACCCAUAUCAAUUAGCCGAUGAUCAAAACACGGAAGCAGACUUACAAGACAGUUUUAUUCAUGCUCCAACUGUCUUCAGCAACACAUUAAUAUGUCAGCAGCCGUUUCCAGCAGUGGAGUCUUCGGUCAAACUGAAAAGCAUGCCUUCGAGGAAGGCAAUGAGUACAAACAUAAAAAAAUCGUUCUGUGGUACGUCUCAAACUGCUCUAAAUACAAACUCAGCAACAACAUCUGCGUCUGCACCACCCUAUACUACAGUUGCAGCUGCUUCAGGGACUGUAACAGUUGUUCGCUGUACAUUUCGAAACUGCAAUAAAGAGUUUCGCAAUCAUUCAGCCAUGCGUAAACACUCCGCCACACAUGGUCCACGAGUUCAUGUGUGUGCUGAGUGUGGCAAAUCAUUCGUAGAAAGUUCAAAAUUAAAACGUCAUCAAUUGGUACAUACGGGAGAAAAACCGUUUGAGUGUACAUUUGAAGGUUGUGGCAAAAGGUUUUCCCUUGACUUCAACUUGCGUACCCACGUUCGAAUACAUACGGGCGAUCGACCUUACCACUGUCCGGUCGAAGGUUGCCACAAGUGUUUUGCCCAGUCAACCAAUCUCAAGAGUCACAUGUUAACCCAUUCAAAUCCAAAACGUAAGUGGCCCAGAACAGUCAACAAUAAGCCCUUGCUAGCUCAUGGUAGCCUCGAGUUGGGCGAAAAUCCAGACUUACUGUAUUUGGAAACUAAUGAACAAUACACCACCAUUUUAGAUAAUUCAUAAAAAAAAUGUUUAUUUGUUUUUCUUUGCAUUUUUUACUGUAUAAAACAUACAUUUUUUUAAAAUUUUCUAACAAAAUAUAAAUUUUAAUAUUUUUUACCAUGGUAAUUUAAAUAAUUUAAUUAAUAAUACAUUUACAAAUUAUAAAAUAUUCAGAAUUUUGCUAAAUUAUACGUGUAUGUAUAAUUUAUAAAAAUUUAAAAUGUAUUAUUAAUUAAAAAACAUAAUACAAAAUUCAUAGUAUAUACAUAUUGAUAGUAAUUUACAAUAUUUCUUUUUCUUAUUUUAUUCAUAAUAAUUUGUAUUCCUCUGUAUUCUAAUUUAAAUAAUAAUGAAAUUAAUAAUAUUGAAAUAAAGGUAUGUAGUUUUUAUAUGUAUAUAUAAAAGGAAUAAAAAAUAAAUAUGUACUUUAAAAA